UCUGUGUCUCUCUCAGGCUCAGAGGCUCCAGGUGUGUGUGAGGAGAGAGAUCUGUGCACUGACACCGCCGGCUCCCCCAUCAUCUAUAACCCACACACGGCGCUCUCCAUAGAGAAACAGAGGCAGAGGCUGCCCGUCUUCAAGCACAGAAACAACAUCCUGUAUCUGGUGGAGAGUUUCCAGACUGUGGUGAUUGUUGGAGAAACAGGAUCUGGAAAAAGCACACAAAUCCCACAGUAUCUGCUGGAGGCGGGAUGGGCGGCGGACGGGAAGGUGAUCGGCGUGACUCAGCCACGGCGAGUGGCUGCCACAUCUGUGGCCGGUCGCGUGGCAGAGGAGCGGGGGGCGUAUCUGGGGCAUGAGGUGGGCUACAGCAUCCGCUUCGAUGACUGCUCUGACCCGCACGCCACACGCAUUAAGUUUCUGACGGAUGGGAUGUUGGUUCGGGAGAUGAUGUCUGACCCGCUGUUGAAGAAGUACAGUGUGAUAAUGCUGGAUGAAGCUCACGAGCGAACACUUUACACUGACAUCACCAUCGGCCUCCUGAAGAAGAUUCAGAAGAAGCGCAGAGACCUGCGUUUGAUCGUAGCUUCAGCCACUUUGGAUGCCAAGAAAUUCCACGAUUUCUUCGACCUAAAUGAGUCUGGAGACCCAAAUAAAGACACCUGUGCGAUUCUGACGGUGGAGGGCCGAACUUUCCCGGUGGAUAUUUUCUACACUGUCAGUCCUGUGCCGGACUAUGUGAAGGCUACGGUGGAAACCGUGAUGAAGAUCCACGAGACGGAGGAUGAUGGAGAUGUGCUGGCCUUUCUCACAGGACAGGAAGAGGUGGAGAAGGUGGUGUCUAUGCUCCAGGAACAGGCCCGGACUUUGUCCCGUUACGGGAUGAAGAAGCACCUGUGUGUGCUGCCCAUGUACGCGGGCCUGCCCUAUAACGAGCAGAUGAGAGUGUUCGAGAGGAUGCCCCCUACUGUCAGAAAGGUGGUGGUCGCCACCAAUAUAGCCGAGACGUCCAUCACCAUUAACGGAGUGGUGUUUGUGAUCGACUGUGCGUUUGUGAAGCUGAGGGCGUAUAAUCCACGCACGGCGAUAGAGUCACUGAUCGUUACGCCCAUCUCUAAAGCCUCCGCCUGUCAGAGAGCCGGGAGAGCCGGGAGAAACCGUGCAGGGAAGUGUUUCCGGCUCUACACAGGUACAGUGCGGUCAUACAAAUUUCUAACGGUUAUCCACCGGAACUCUCCGUUAUCUAAUGUCGUAUCAGUGUGUCAUUACAUGACUGUAUUUGGUAUGUGUUCAGUGAUUUCUCACUCUUCUGUCUGUGCUGCAGGUGAUCCGGAUGUGAUUCUCAGAUGUAUUGUGUCUGGUUUUUUUGCGAAUGCCGCCCGAAUGCAUCACUCCGGCUCCUACAGGACUCUCCGUGAUGACAGGGAACUGUUCAUUCACCCUGAUUCAGUGCUGUAUGGAGAAAAGCCCCCGAAAUGGGUGGUCUUCAACGAGGUGGUUCAGACCAGCAAGUACUACAUGCGUGACGUGACGGCGGUUGAGUCCUCCUGGCUGGUGGAGCUGGCACCUCACUUCUACAAACAGGCCAAGCACGGGUCUCUGAACAGCAAGCGGGCCAAAGUCUUCUGAGCUCGGCUACAUCCACACUUCCAGGUUUUUGCUGAACAGCUGGCCAUAGAUAGAGGAAGAUCUUAAGGAACCGCUCCUCUAAAACUAAAGGAACUAUUAAGUACACACAUGCACACUUUGGUGUUUAUUGCAGCUGGAAGGCAAAAGGAACACUGUGGUAUUUUGUAUAUACAAAUGUAUGUGAUACAUUUAUGCGGUCAUGGUCAUCUUUGUAUUAUUUAACAGCCAUUGGAAUAACUUGACUGUGAUUUUGUUGAUUACUGUUUGAGAGUGAGAGAAUGACUGGAUGGAUGGAUGGAUAGAUAUUGGAGAUUUACAGCUUUACAACAUCGCACGAAGCCCUACCCUCAACAGUAACCAUAAUAUUACUAUAAUAAGCUACUUUGUACCAGUUAUUUCAAACCCUCAUCGGAGAAAUACUGUGUAGCUCAAACGUAGUGGCCUUUUAACCAUUAUGUGCCAAAUAUUAUAAAUCCGUAGAACAUUUCCUGAUGUAUGUGGAAUGUGAAAUGAAUUGUAGUUACACUGUCAGCAUGAGACAAAAAAGUGCCAUUUUUUAAUAUUAUAUAUAUAUAUAGGUCCCCAUAAAGUAGCCUUGUUAUGCACCUCUGGCCUAAAAACUGUGUUAUUAGGUGUAAUUAUUAAUUUCAUAGUGUAGUGUAAGAUCUCAUUUAGGAAAGAUCAGCCAUGACUUGUUCAGUGUGGGGAGUGAAUAGCACAGCGAAUGAGACGCCUCAGGGAGGAGCUUCUUUCUUAUUAAAGUAAAUGGGGUGCUAACUGUGGAUAUGGCAACCCUUCUCAGGUCACGCCUCUUCUGGGCGUGGCGUUUAAUAGGAAGGCUGAGGUGCCAAUCAUGUGGGUGGAGGCGGAGCCUCUGUCAUAAUGUGAUGUUUUGACAACGUUUGUGAUGUUUUAGUUUUACUGUGACAUGUUGGUCCCUGCAUAGUUUAUUAUAUCCCAAAAAAAAUGUCAUUAAAAUCUACAUUCAAGGUUACUUCUGUAACAUUAUUACCAAAUGUCUUCAAGACAACACACAUGGUUAUAGAGUAUAUGUAGUCGGUAGCCUUGAGUAGUGUAGAUUUAGCCGCUGACAAAGUCCUGUGCAGUCUUAUUGAUAGCAGUUUAAACGUUCUUGCAUGUCUUUAAACAAUACAGAUCUCACGUAGUUUCACAGCAGUGCGGUUAUUUGUGGAGGAAAUCAAAUAAUCAUACCUUACUCUGACUCUGUCCAGAUGUGCUGCUCCAGAGCUCUGUGUGUCAGAGAGUCAAAUAAAGUCUGAUGUUCACUGUGAAAACACGUGUCGAGUCUCUACUAGGUCUGUUUUACAUAGAAUAAAGAAGGAAACUGUGGAAAACUAUGCGGUUUGGAUUUGUAUAAAAGUGUCCAUGUGAUGCUGGUGAAAUAUUACAACUGCUUCAUGUUUUAGGACUUGACAGUCAAAUACAGCAUACAAAUAAUAGGAAAGAAGAUAUCGAACU